GUAUUCUAAGCUGAGAGCCCUCUCAGGACCUUCAGAUGGCGACGUAUGGUGACGUAUCAAGGUGUCAGUGGCUGUUCUUGGUAUCUUUGAUUGUGGACGUACCUGGAGCCUUGUCACAAAGACCCUGCACAGAUGCUAAUGGUUUCACUGAAGCAAGUAGUUACUUCUUCGAGAAUUACACUACAGUGUACCCUAUGCAAUAUGGAGACUGUUCCUUUGGUGAGUCUCUGUGUAACUACACUCAGUUCUGUACGGACCAGGAUGCGGAGAGCUGGCGACAAAAUUCAGAUCACGCUGAAUGUCCGGGGAAGGAUGGCCGGUACGAGUCCUUCUCAGUCCUGGUGUCGCCGCUGCUCGACAUCAGUCACCUGAUGUUCCGAGCUCGCACUCCUGAUGCUAACCACUCGGUUCAGCUGCGGGCUGUCAAACUGCAACAAGGAUCUUGCACUGAGUCUGAAACAGCACUUGAUCUUCUCAGUGAAUUUCAAGAGCAUGCAUCAGAGGAAGCCAAGAUGGCGAUAUGUGAUGAUGUGACGUGGCGUCGAUGGCUGUACUUGGAAUAUUUGAUUGUGUGCGUUACCGUCGCUCUCUCCCAAAGACCCUGCACAGAUGCUAAUGGUUUCAUUCAGGCAAGCAGCUACUUUCUCGAGAAUCAUACUACAGCGUACCCUAUGCAAUAUGGAGACUGUUCCUUUGGUCAGUCUCUGUGUAACUACACUCAGUUCUGUACGGACCAGGAUGCGGAGAGCUGGCGACAAAAUGGAGAUCACGCUGAAUGUCCGGGGAAGAGUGGCUGGUACGAGUCCUUCUCAGUCCUGGUGUCGCCGCUACUCUGUAUUAGUCACGUGACCUGCCUAACGUUUGAGUACACACAAGAACUACCUGGAACGCUUAGUGUUUACCUGGCAACAACUACAUCUUUAUUUAUUAUUAUGCCAGAGGAAGUUAGACAAAAACAAAGUUUUGUAAAGUUCACGACUGUGUUAUCAAGUACUGCUGGUAAGCUGGUGUUCCGAGCUCGGAGUCCUGAUGCUAAUCACACGGUUCAGCUGCGUGAUGUCAGGCUACAACAAGGAUCGUGCACUGGGUCUGGGUUUGUCUCACCAUGUACCUUUGAACCUGACGAUUUUCGUUCAUCUUGUGGCUGGAGUCUGAACAAUUGGAACAUAACCAACCAACUUUCAGCUCCACAAAGUAGCGAAAGUAUCUACGGCGCAUCAGGGUACUUUGCUUACGUCAUGCACCCGACUCGUAAAAGUACCUUGACCACUUCCAUGGCUCAGCCAACAGAAAGCCGGACAGGAUGCCUGGAAUACAGAUACAUCCUCUGUGGCCCUGAUUCGAGAUUACUUGUAUCAAUCGAGACUUUGGAUGGAAAUCGGAGAGUGCUGUGGUCAGGGCCGCCAAACACGUCAACUGACUGUUUAAAGACAUGGCAACAGGCACAAGUACCAGUGUCAUCCUCAGCUGCAUUUGUUAUAAUCUUUGAAAAUGCACCUGCGAACAGCAUCUCGAUCGUGAUUGCCGUGGACUCUAUCAGGUACACGGUUCUGCCAUCACCAUUAAACUGUCAACUUGAACCACAACACGCUCAGCCACAUGACGACGACGUCACAUUAUCACCAUCGAGUUUGACACAAGUACUGUCAAGAGGCACUAGCCCAGUGUCUUUGUCGGCGCCAUGUGAAUCAGAAACAUUUACAUUUCUCCAGUCAAAGUUCUCUCCUUCAGCACUUGGGAGUACAGUUUCCCAGUCGACAUCAAUGUCACAGUCACAGGCUGAACACAGCGAUCAGGCGACGCCAAUCAUCGCUGGUGUUGUGGCAGGUGUGGUCACCGUCAUUGCCUUCAUUGUCGUUCUUAUCAUCAUCGUCACCAGAAAGAGACGUCAAAAAAAGGCGACAGGGAAAAGUACAAACUGUGACAGAAGUGAUGAUGAGGUCGCAAAUAACCCGCAUCGUGACAGUGAGCAUCCUCUGGAUGAGAUGAACAUGGAAAAUAAAAAGGACAGUGAAAUUUCCUUGCAACCUGAAGGUGACUAUUAUGACAUCGCAGAAGACGGGGUACCUGGCUCAACACGUAACCGGGGAUACAUACUAAGUCCUGGGGAUACCGAAGAAUCGCGUUCCAUCUCCUGGAACAGUAGCAAGAACAAAAAAGACGUGUACUCACAAGUUCACAAACAACAGAAAAAGCCACAAGAAAUGUACGCACAAGUUCACAAGAUGAAGAAGAAAACAGGAAAUAUAGGCUCAAAGCAAGACAGUAGAGAGUGUCUCAAUCCAUCGUAUUCUCCAGAGACUUACGAGUUGACUGGCCCACAAUCAUCUAAGACUGCUGCUACACAGGAUGAUGAAGAGUACAACGACCUCAACUUUGAGCAGAGCAGACAGGGCGAUGACAACUGUUCACCAUGUGAGGCGAGUGGACAGACAUACUCCCAUCUCAAGGACGAUGUUCUGUACGACUGUGCCAAAGUUGAACACAACAGACACGGCGCCAACAUGGUGUUCGACUCCGAGUACAACCACUUGGUCACAUGAUACAUAUAUAUGCACAAUGAAAGAUGCCAAAUGUAACCUUAGGUGCUGACCUUCAGUAGGACUAUAUUCCAAUUACAUCGUCUAAUACAGAACGAUAUUUUUAUCACAAUAUAAAUCCAACAUUUCUUAAUAUAAUAAAUCAUUUGAUUUUACAAUUUUUGUGGAGGAAGGUGUACCUUUAUGUUCUGUCGCUUGACUAAUAAAAUAAGGUGAUGGCUCUAGAGCAGACCUGGGCAAACGCCGGCCCGCGGGGCGGAUCCGGCCCGCCUCCUGUCUCUGACCGGCCCACCCGCUGGCCCGCCCUCCAGUAUAUAUACUAUAUAUAAAGUAUUGGGUAAAACUGAGUUAAUUAUAUUAGUCCGGCCGUCUAAAACUAUCCCAACUUCUCAUGCGGCCCCUUGAGAAAAUUAAUUGCCCACCCCUGCUCUAGAGAGACCAUCACAAUGCUUAACAACACAGUUGUCUCCAGAGCAGCAAAGUUGAUGGCAUGAAGGGGGUAACUGAUGAGCUCGAAGAGGGGUUAAAAUAAGAAAUACCCCUCUAGUCGGCUGAUGUGCAUGCCACUUGUGAUAUCAAAGAAGCAUUCUGCCAUGUUACAGACUACUUUCCUUAUUAAUAUCGUCAUCAGAUAAGUAACCAUUAGACGUUUUUGUAUAUGUGUUUUGGUGUUGUCAAACUUAGUAAACACUACCAUCACAAAUUUGAUAAGAGAGUGGGGUUUUCAUUUCACUUCAAAACAAAUGGGAU